AUGUCCUCGCUUUCAGGCGCGCGCUUUAGCCCGCCGCAGUCAGCGCAACCGUACAGGUCCAUCUUCGGAGGUCCGAGCAGCCAAGAUGUUGCCGAUCUGGUACCCUACCCAGAAACCCAAACUGGGUCAGGAGAUAGCCAGCAAGAUCUUGAUGUGAUUAUGGAAGAGGAGCCGAUCGAUAAUGAUCACUCGGAUGCUACGUACGUUGAGAGCAAUGACGAACAAUCUGGUUCAGAUGCGGAUAGCUAUGCAUCGGCACCUCAGUCACCUGAGAAUCAGCGACGGCGGCGGGAGCAGAAGCAGCCACUUCAAAAAAUUACUGUGCAUGAUCACCAGCGUGAUUCAGAGACCCCUCCGGCGCAUUCGUACCGUCCCAACAGAUUCCGCGGGCCUGAGUCUACAUGGAGAAGAUUGACUGCCGAAGAGAGGCAGAACGCUCAAGCUCUGGAAGACAUUCGUGCUCGGGAUCUAUCUGCUCACUUGUACAAUGCUUAUGCGCUCCGUGUCCGGGCACGGGAGAUCGCGAGACGGGCAACUGAGACAAAUGACCAACUGCUGGAUGAGAUGGAUACAUUUGCUCCUCCGAAGCGCUGGACAGCAUGGCCUCUACCUUCGGCCGAGGUGCCUAGACCGGAUGAGGAAGUACGGAAAAGUCUCGAUGAUGCUUGGACGCUGAGAAUGCAGCCAGAUCCUCGACCGAGUGCCGAAUUAGAGGAAUCGGUUAUGGCGUUCAUGUUACGAACAGCCAAAGAGAGGUUUAUGGCUAGGGAAUGGGAUUAUGAGUCGAAGCCAUUUACAUCACAUCGAAGAAAAAGAUCAGCAUCUCAACACGAGACGCAGGACGAAAGUACCGCAUGGGAAAGCGAGCGUGAGGGUGCGGAUGGCGUUCCACUACGCCCUACUGUCCAGACGGACGACGAUAAAUCAAGACGACAACUACGCCCACUCACUCGGAAUAUACUCUCGCGGUUUGAUGAUCUUCUCCUGGGCCUUCAUCGUGCCCGUAAGGGCGGAGUGGCAGCGGAUGACAGCUCCGCAAGUGACUGGCAGACCGACACUGAGAGUGUGAUGUCUGGCUCAUCACCUCGUAAGAGAAAAGUCAAUUCUCAAAGAGAUAGAAGUCUGUCGAGAGGAAGAAAACGAACCCGACGGUCAUCUUUCAAGAGCGGAUCGAGCGAUGCUCGUUCUCGUAGUACGCAUAUAUCAAGCGAACCGGAGUCAAGUGUAUAUAGCUCCUCUCAAGCAACUUCACGGCACAGAUCACAGUCACAACACUCUUCCCGCUCACGGGGCCGCUCGGUCGGUAGCGAUCGUCGACGUUCCGCGAGUCGUAUUCGCCUCGGGAUACGGGAUUGGAGCGAGGUGCUGGGUGUCGCGUCCAUGAUAGGCUGGCCACCAGCCGUGGUGAUGCGAACAGCACAGAGGUGCUCAGCCUUGUUUGGAGAAGAUAUGGCUUUCCAGGUGCUUAAAGAAGGGAAAAUCAAGCAAGAUAUACGAGACGAUACCAAGAUCUGGAAAUACGAAGAAAGCGAAUCGGAACCAGAAGUUGAGACAGAUCUCGAGCCCGAAUCUGAGGCCGAGGCUGACAUCUCACAACCAUCUCGGUCUCAGAGCAGGCGGCCACGCUCUCGUGCCGCUUCCACCAAGGGAGGCUCGACAUCGCGAGCCAACAGCACGGCGCCUGAAGACACUGGGGAUGGGUCUCGACCGAAAGGAAAAGGGGAGCAUCGCAAGCAGGAUUUGAUCUGUCCUAUCCGGGCGUGCUCCAGGCAUGGCAAGGGCUUCUCGCGGACAUGGAAUCUCAAUCUGCAUAUGAAACGCAUGCAUCCGAAUUACCGUUCCAAAAGCGAGGGCAGGUCCUCGACAGGCACGCGUGGUGAAGAUGACAUUGAUAAUGAGUGA